GUCAUAACCUCAGAGUUCCAGGAAGUAACACGGCAAUUCGUUAUAACGCCAUAUACUGAGCUGAAACCUUGCUUGUUGUCAACUCAUUUCAUUUUUACAUAUAUCAGAUAUUCUUUACAAAUCAUGGCAUAUCCGUCACCUGCCGGUUGGAACCCAGCGAUGGGCGGUGGUGGCUGUGGCGCUUACCCUACACCGGGGGCGGCCUAUCCGCAGAUGUGCUACCCUCAACAAGGAGCGACCAAGCCGAUAUUAAACCCCAGCAUUCCUUUUCUGGGUCAAAUCCCCGGAUGUACGAGACCUGGGAAAAUGGUAGUCAUACAGGGAAGUGUUCCCCGAAAUGCCGACAGGUUUGGUAUAAACUUUCAGAUUGGUGCCAGUACUAAACCACGUGCAGACAUUGCAUUCCACCUUGCAAUCCGAGUAAAGCUUGGGCAUAUUGUUAGGAAUACGUUGACAAACGAGAAAUGGGGUGUUGAGGAACGUGGCGUGCCUUACCAGCCAUUCGUACCUGGUCAAAACUUUGAGAUUAUGAUCCUGGCUGACAAAGAAGAAUUUAAGGUUGCUGUCAACGGUCAGCAUUACAUUACGUAUAAACACCGUGUCAGACCUCUGAAGAAGAUCGACUAUCUUGCUAUCAUUGGUGACGUCACAAUCACAUCUGUGAAAUUCCAGGAUGAACAGGUUGCAGCAGGUGGGACCCAAGUAGCUGCUGCCCCGGUAGGACCCAUUGUAAAUCCUUCAACUCCAUAUAUUGGACCAAUACCGAACGGAAUAUUUCCUGGUAAAAUGGUUAUAAUAAACGGGACAGCGCCUCCCAAUCCCACCAGGUUCGGUGUAAACCUCCAGAUUGGACACAACCAGGACAAGAGUCACGAUAUCGUAUUCCACUUCAAUCCACGAUUCCCAGCUAAUGCAAUUAUCUGCAAUACCAGACAUGGCAAGAAAUGGGGACCAGAAGAGAAAACUGCUCCUUAUUUUCCAUUUCAAGCGAAUACUAAUUUCGAAAUUAUCAUAUUGUGCCAGAAUGACUGUUACAAAGUAGCUGUCAAUGGCAGGCAUUUGUUGGAAUAUCGUCACCGAAUUGCUUACCAGCAAGUUAAUACUUUACACGUUGGUGGCGAUGUUCGUAUAAACCAGAUACGUUAUCAAUAGGUUCGUAGUCUCCCAGUAAGUCAGAAUGUUGUUGAUUUUACGAUAUCAGCAACUUAGUAUGAGUUCAGAUUCAAUUUAUGUACAUGGGUUACGAGAUAAUCGGAAGUUUUUUGUAGCACACACAUUAAUAUUCAUUAAUGACAUAAUGACAUUGCAAAAGAACAAAUGUUUUAAAUUAAUGUAUUUACUAUUAUUCAUAGUACUGGUGGUUGGGCGAGGUGGUGCUGUUAACGAAUGCUAGUACAUUGGACCAAAUCUUUUCUUUUAUUUUUAUGUAGUAUAUUUAGUAUAUUUUACAAGAUGGCGGAACAACUUUGUAAUUGAGCCAGAAAAUGAAUGUACAAUGAGGAUGGCAUCAGCAGAUGUCAGAUUCAUGUGUAAUUGCCUUGCCCGUAGUGUAGUGUAAACAAAGGGGAAGGUAAAGUAAGGUUUUGGCAUUGUUGUUGUUGAUAACUUAAAUAAUUUUUACAUGAUCGGUUUCAAAUUUAUAUGUUAUAAACAAACAUGCAAAGAUGGUCAAGUUU